GCGCAGUUUGAAGCUUUCUUUGUCUCCAUAUUGGUGAUUUUCACUUUCAGGUUUGGUUGCUCCUUCCGCUCGGGUGCUCUUUGACAACCACCAGCAGAACUGCAAUUCGGGAAAGUGGUCAUGGCCGCCGGGAGUCAUCUCAUAGCCAAGCGCGCGGUCAGCGCCGCCAGAAGUUCGUGGAUCCCCGCCGCUCAUCGGACCUUCGCAACAGCGUCCGAUCUCCCCGUCAGCCCCGCCAAAAAUCACAAGAUCGUUGUCGUAGGCGGAGGAGCGGCCGGCUUAGCCAUCAGCCAUCAGCUGCUCUGGACCAAGAAGUUCACACAAGACGACAUCGCCAUCGUCGACCCGGCAGAAUGGCACCACUACCAGCCCGGAUGGACCCUGGUCGGCGGCGGGCUCAAGACCAAGGACGAGCUCAAACGGCCGCUGCGCAGUCUGCUAGACCCCAAACUGCGCUUCUACAACCACGCCGUCUCCACAUUCGCGCCUGAAGACAACACCAUCACGCUCGGCGACGGCUCCAGGCUGACCUACGACCAACUCGUCGUGGUACCGGGGAUCAAGGUUGACCCGUUCAGCAUCAAGGGGCUGCCCGAGGCGCUAGCCGACAAGGACUCCAACGUGUCGUGCAUCUACACGUACGAGACGGUUGACAAGGUGUUUCCAACCAUCCAGGCUCUCCACAAGGGCCGCGCCAUCUUCACCCAGCCGGCGGGCGUGCUCAAAUGCGCCGGCGCCCCGCAAAAGAUCAUGUGGCUUGCGCUCGACCACUGGAAGCGCGCGGGGUUCUACAAGAACACGGGAUCCUCGCCCAUCGAGAUCACCUUUGCCACGGGCUUGCCCGUCAUGUUCGGCGUCCCCAAGUACAGCGCCGCGCUGGAGGCGCUGCGGCAGGAGCGCGGCGUCGAGGGCCUGUUUGCCCACGACCUGGUCGAGGUGGACGGGGACAAGGCUGUGUUUGCGGCCGGGGACGGCAAGGAGAAGGUCAGCAGGCGCUUCGACCUGAUGCAUGUCGUCCCCAAGAUGGGCCCGCAUGCCUUUGUGAAGAACAGCCCGCUGGCGAACCCGGCCGGGUUUGUGGACGUCGAUGACGCCACGCUGAGGCACAAGAAGUAUGGCAAUGUUUGGUCGGCAGGCGACGCAUCCAGCCUGCCCACUUCAAAGACGGCUGCGGCCAUCACAUCCCAAGCGCCAGUGCUGGUGGGGAAUAUAUUGCGGGCGAUGGAGGCAAAGGAGGUGGAGCCCGCGUACGAUGGGUAUACCUCGUGCCCGUUAACCACCGAGUACGGCAAGGUGAUGCUGGCCGAGUUCAAGUACGGUGGCGUGCCCAAGGAGACGUUCGCCAAGUUCGUGGACCAAGCCACGCCGCGGCGGGCGUUCUAUCACUUGAAGAAGGACUUUUUCCCGUGGGUGUAUUAUAAUCAUAUGGUGAAGGGGACUUGGGGUGGGCCAAAGGGGUGGAUCAACUAAUACCAAACUCUUAUGACAACAUGAAGGAAACAUGUUUUGAACCGUGCUCCGCAUCCUAUACGUUCACUCAGUUCCGCAGCUUCAAGAAUGGAUCAACGGCACCGUCCUCAAAAGCCUGGCUAAACGGAUAGGCCCGGGAGCGAGGUCCCUUACUAUAAGCA